AUGGCCAAAAAUAAAAUGAUUAAGAUUAUGAUAGAUACUGGUUCAGAAAAUACUUUAGUCUCGGAAAAUUUUAUUUUUAAUACAUUAAAACUAUCAGAUAUAAUGAAGAUUCCAAAAAUUAAAAUAGUUGGUGCAAAUAAUAAGAAGUUGGGUGAAAUUGAUAAACUAGCCAAUUUUAAAAUUAAUAUUCUUAAUAAAGAAAUUAAUAUGCAAGGAUUUAUUAUCAAGGAUUUAUGUGUUGAUAUAUUAAUGGGAAAUGAUGAAUUGGAAAAGAAGAAAGUGAAGAUAGAUUUUGAAGAAAAAGUUGUAACUUUGGAAGGGCAAAUAAUUAAGUUUAUGCAGAAAGAUGAGGAGGAAGAAGAAAUAAGAAUUAAUAGGAUAUUAUUUAUAGAAAGUAAUGAUGUUUAUGAAGAAGAAAUGUAUUUUGAUGAUAGGGUGAUGUCCCAAAAGAAUGUAAAGAAUAAUUGUAAUGAAUAUUUAAGGAAUGGAAAAUUUAAGCAGAUGGAUGCCUACGAGGCGGAGUGCGUAAAACUGGAAGCAAGGAAUAAUGAUUACAUAAUGAAAAAUAAUUUUAUUUGUAAAGAAGAGGAUAUGAUAAAAGUUUUAAGUUGCCCUGAAGAAUAUAAAUCAAUAGUCAUUUCCAUAUUGCAGCAACACAAAGGACUUGUUAAUAAAGAAAAUAGAAUUGCACAUAAUUAUAUUCAUAGUAUAAAAGUAAAAGAAGAAACAGAUUUUAAAACAAAAUCGUACCCAAUACCAUAUAAAUACAGAGAAGAAGUAAAUAGAACAAUUAAUAAUAUGUUAGAAGAUGGAAUCAUUGAGAAGGCCGAUACACGUUUCAUUAACCCUAUAGUGGUAGUACGAAAAAGAUCAGGUGAAAUCAGGCUAUGUUUGGAUGCAACGAAUAUUAACAAGAUCACUGAAAAGCAAUUUGAAGCACCAAUGAGUAUAGAUGGAAUACUAGGAAGAAUUACAGGAAUGUCAUUUUUCACUAAAAUCGAUUUACAGCAUAGUUUUUGGUUAAUACCUCUAGAAAGGAAAAGUAGACAAUAUACAGGAUUUCAGAUAGAUGGAGUAGUAUAUCAAUUCAAAGGAGUACCAUUUGGACUUCAAUCAUCGUGCAGUGCUCUAUGUAUAUGUCUUCAUGAUAUUUUGGAUCAAUAUGAACAAUUUGUAAUUCAUUACAUUGAUAUUAUAUUAAUUUUUUCGAAAACUGCUGAAGAGCAUGCGAAACACCUAAAAAUAAUAAUGAACAUAUUAGACAAAGUUGGACUAAAAAUAAAACAAGAAAAAUGUACAUUUUUCCAAAAAGAAGUAAUAUAUGUAGGUUAUAAACUUAAUACUAAGGGAAUUGAAAUGGAUCCAGACGGACACAGGUUAUUCAGGAAUAUAGAACACCACACAAUUUAA